AUGCAUCGUCAAGCAGUUAAAAACAACCUUGUUGAUUUGAGUUCAGAUAGAAAAAUAAUUGGAUCAAAAAAUUAUGAUCAACCUAUUUGUCCUAAACCUAUUAGACUUUCACCUUCUAUACCCGACUUCCUCAAACCAAUCAAAUGUUCUAAGCAUAGUCAGCAAAAUAUUGAUGAAAGGAAUGGAGUACUGAAUAUGAUCAUUGAAAAGAAUGUUGAUGGAAUGGAAUCAAUAUGUAAUGUAUGCUUACCUUGCUGUUACUCCGGCUCUCCACCGCGAAGAACAGAGAAUCCAUUGAUUCAUGAUGUUGAAUUUCUUCAUCAAAUGGAAGUUGUUUCACCAUUAUUAUCACGAACUAAAUUUUCUGAUAAAUUUAGUAUUACCUCUGCUUCUACAAUGUGA